AUGUGCUUCUUAAUUAACGCCAAACCUUUAAAUUCGAAUCAGAAGAGGAAGAAGACCAGGAAGCUUCGUGGUCAUGUCAGUCAUGGACAUGGUCGUAUCGGUAAGCACCGUAAGCAUCCUGGAGGUCGCGGUAACGCUGGUGGUAUGCACCAUCACCGCAUCAACUUCGACAAAUACCAUCCCGGUUACUUCGGUAAAGUUGGUAUGAGGAACUUCCAUUUGAGGAGACAGCACAAGUUCUGCCCAUCAAUCAAUUUGGAUAAAUUGUGGUCUCUUGUUGGUGCCGACAAGUACGCCGAACUCGCAAAGGAGAAGAGUGAAAAGGCUCCAGUCAUUGACUUGGUUCAAUUCGGCUUCUACAAAUUGUUGGGACGCGGUCAUCUGCCAAAGCGACCAAUCAUUGUUAAGGCCAAGUACUUCUCAAAGAAGGCUGAAGAUAAGAUUAAGAAGGCUGGAGGAGCUUGCUUGUUACGCGCUUAAUUUUAAGGUCUUUCCAAUCACGGAGGGGCGAGUACAUUGGACAUCGAGAAUGUACUAAAUGUGUACAAUUUUUUAAUAAAAUUACGUAAGAAAAGAA